AUGUUCUAUUUCCACUGCCCCCCGCAGCUAGAGGGCACUGCCCCCUUCGGAGGCCACUCCACGGGCGACUUCGACGAUGGCUUCCUCCGCCGAAAGCAGCGCAGGAACAGGACCACUUUCACCCUGCAGCAGCUAGAAGCACUGGAGGCAGUUUUUGCUCAAACCCACUACCCCGAUGUGUUCACUAGAGAAGAGCUGGCCAUGAAAAUCAACCUCACAGAAGCCAGGGUGCAGGUCUGGUUCCAGAAUCGAAGGGCUAAAUGGAGGAAAACAGAGCGAGGCGCUUCAGAUCAAGAAGGAUCAAAGGAAACAAUGACGGAGGUGGCACCCCCUGUUCGGAACCUCAGUUCCCCCUCUCCAGUUGAUCAAGCCAGGAAUAAGAAAGAGAGUCUGGAAAUUCAGCAAAGUCUGAGCCGAGCAGUUGGCCCAACGGGGCCUUUCUUCCCUUCAUGUCUCCCUGGGACUCUUCUCAACACAGCCACCUAUGCUCAGGCUUUAUCCCAUGUUGCUUCUCUAAAAGGGAGCCCACUGUGCUCUUGCUGCGUCCCAGACCCCAUGGGCCUAUCCUUCCUCCCUACUUAUGGCUGCCAGAGCAACCGCACAGCCAGUGUGGCAGCACUGCGUAUGAAAGCACGGGAACACUCAGAGGCCGUGCUGCAGUCUGCCAACCUCCUGCCAUCCACCAGCAGCAGCCCUACUCCCCCAGCCAAGCCUACCCCAGAGAAUGGCCAGGACAACAAGCCUUCUCCAGCCAAAGAACACAUGGAAGGGGAGAAGAGCGUAUGA